AUAAUGAAAGAAAAUUAAAAACAAAGUUUUUAUAUUAGUUUGAGGUUUCGUUGCAGUUUCCUAUUUCUGAAGUUGUGAGUCCACGAGAGUCAGUCUAUUAAAAGGUCUAUGGAGAUCGAUAAAGCAAUCAGAGAAAGUGAUGAUCAGAGGCUCAAGACCAAGUACAACAACGCCAUAUAUGUUAUACGAAGAGCUCUUGCUUUGUACUCCAUUGAAGAGGUUGCCUUCAGCUUCAAUGGAGGAAAGGAUUCAACUGUUCUGUUGCAUCUACUUAGGGCGGGCUGGUUUCUGCAUAAAGGGGAACAGAGUUGUUCAAAUGGGAGUCUUAAUAACUUUCCAAUUGGGACAAUAUAUUUUGAGAGUUCUUGUGCAUUCCCUGAAAUCAAUUCAUUUACCUAUGAUACAGCGAAAGUAUAUGGUUUGCAAUUGGAUAUCAUUCGCUCAGAUUUCAAGUCUGGUUUGGAGGCUUUACUAAAGGAUAAACCAAUCAGAGCUAUUUUCCUUGGUGUCCGAAUUGGUGAUCCUACUGCGGUAGGCCAAGAACAGUUCUCCCCUAGUUCACCUGGAUGGCCAGCUUUCAUGAGAGUGAAUCCUAUAUUGGAUUGGUCAUACAGAGAUGUGUGGGCCUUCAUUUUAACUUGCAAGGUGCCAUAUUGCAGUCUUUAUGAUCAGGGGUAUACUUCAAUUGGAAGCAUAUAUGACACAGUUCCAAAUGCAUUACUGUGUGUCAACAACUCAUCCAGUAGCAAAGAAAAAUUUAAACCUGCAUAUUUGCUUUCUGAUGGAAGAUUGGAGAGAGCAGGUAGAGCAAAAAAGUUUUCUCAACAAGUUUGUGGUCAUCGUCCAGUGAUAGCAAAUGGCAUGGACGAUAAUGAUUUACAUAGAAACAGCAUGCUCACAGCAUCAGCCAUUGCUGUGGGGGAUGAGGUUCUGUUUGGCACUGUGGAGGAUCAAUUGGGACCUUUGUUGUGUAAAAAGCUACAUAGCGUUGGUUGGAAAGUAAAACAAACUGCUGUUGUCCAGAAUGAUGUAGAUUCUGUGGCUGAAGAGGUUGACCGACAGAAAUCUGCUAAUGAUAUGGUUUUUAUAUAUGGAGGGGUAGGCCCAUUGCAUUCAGAUGUUACAUCAGCUGGUGUUGCGAAGGCAUUUGGGGUUCGCCUGGCUCCUGAUGAAGAAUUUGAAGAAUAUCUAAGGCAUCUUAUUGGUGAACACUGCACUGGUGAUCGAAAUGAGAUGGCUCUGUUGCCUGAAGGCAUCACUGAACUAUUGCAUCAUGAAGCGCUGGCUGUACCUAUGAUCAAGUGUCAAAACGUUAUCAUUCUUUCUGCCUCAAACGUCGCUGAACUGGAAAAGGAGUGGAAGUGUUUGAUUGAACAACUAAGAUCUAGUGGCUUGUCAUUGAUGGAACCGUUUACAUCAAAGAGCUUGUCAACAAAUCUAUCAGAUGUAGAAGUUGCUCAACCUCUGUCAAAACUUUGUCUUGAAUUCCCAGACCUUCAUAUUGGGUGUCAUCGCAAAUCAAGAAAAGGGCCGCUCAUUAUUCAUUUUGACGGCAAGGAUGAAGCGCGAAUUGAAUCAGCUAUUGAAUCGUUGGGCAAGAAGUUCCGUCCAGGGACAUUCUCAUAAGUUGCUUAAAUUGGCAGAUUUACCCAUCUUGAAGUAUUCUAUCAAGCUUCAGGGACCUGGGAGCUCUAUUUGGCUCUGAUUAUGCAAGUUAGAAUCACAACUCUCUUUGGAUUCUGAUGGGACUACAACUGGAAUGGGAAAGAGCAUAAAGAUCUGAAGAAGAUUGCCAAAAAAUGCUCCAUAACUGAGCAAAGCCCUUACAAUUACUUUAUAAAGAAAAAUAAUAUACCGCUCUCGUGAUGAAUUAACAGAUCCAAGAGAAAAAGGACUCUGUAAUAUGUAUUGGUUCUUAGCUAAGAGGGAAUCAAUCUGACGGCAUUAUUCAAAA